GUAAAAGUAUCGUAAAGCUGCUUCUGUGUUUAGAUUUUUGUUUUAAAAAUGUCUUGUUUGCUCAUUCGGCAGUUCUUUUAACAAUUUUUCCCUAAGUGUAAGUUUCUCAAAAGUGAAGUCUGCAUGUAACUGAUCAAUGGGCCGACGUCAGCAGCCCGACACUCCUGUCAAUAAAAAUAUUUGACAGAUUACUCGUCACUACUGCAAGGAUUAAGCAUUGUAUUCGAGGUUAUUAUCAAGAAGCUCUCGAUCGUAAUUAGUAAUCAGUACGUUAAAAAAUUUGCACAAUAUAUUAGUAUUUCUUGGCUAUAGAUUCAUGUAACCACAUUUUCCAAGUUCUCUACCGUGACUCUACACCCAAAAAUGUACACCCAAGCAAUACGGUGCUACUUUAACGCUUCGCUAAAGCUAGGAGGGCGCAAAGGUUUGAUGACUGUCACUCUAAUAUCUCCAACAUUGGUGCUAGCGAGGCAGCCAAUCGUACCACACAGAGGUUUUUACGUCUCCGCUCAUCGAGCGACCGAAGAAAGGUUGCACAUGCCCAAGGAUCCGCGGGAGAGGAGGGAGACUAUCAAUGCAGAUGCACAGAGGAAAAUUGACGCGAUGAUUCAGCAGAAUCCAGAGCUCGAAAAGUUCAGGGAAAUCGUGAAACUAGAAAUAGAACUUUUGAGGCAAAACGGCGAGAAAGUGCCUUCCGAACUGACUCCUGUCCACUGGCUGGACAUUCUCGUCACGAAAUCAAGAAUAAAGAGAGAGAGAUAUUACGAAUUUUUGUUCAAACUCGAAAAAAAGGAAGAAAAUCGCAAGAAAAAGCAAGAAGAGAGCAACGUGCUCUUCGAGAUAAGCAAGCAAAGCCGAGACAAAGUCGGAGUUAGGACCGACGUAAUGGUGUACGGUAUAGGAAGAAACAGUCUUUUCAGACGUAUUUCCGAAGCGACGAUGAACCAGUUGUGGAAAUGGAAUGGCCUUAAAUCAACCAUCUGGGGCACCAAAAUAGUCUUCGAUCUCAGUUAUGAGCAAUACAUGAGGCCUCAGGAAAUCAGAAGCUGCGCCAGACAAAUAAUGGAAUCUUACGCUGCAAACAAGGUUCACGACUUUCCGUUCGACGUUUACUUGUGCAACGCUGAUGUAAAGGGGCCACUUAUGACGAACGUAAUUAAAUUCAUUCCAAGCUUGUUUGACGAUGAUUUUCCCUGGACUGUCACACCGAAAUCAUUUACCCAAAUAUUCGACAAAGAUUCAAUGGUUUAUCUCACGGAACACAGUAAUGUGACUCUGCAAAAAUAUGAUACCAAAACAACUUAUAUCAUUGGAGCUUUUGUUGAUAAGAGUUAUAAACAACCCGUCUCAUUGGCAAAGGCAAAAGAAUUGGGCAUUCGCACGGCAAAAUUACCUCUUGAUCGUCAUUUGCACUUUGGUGAUGGUUCACACAAGAUUUUGACUGUAAAUCAAAUAAUGAGCAUAAUGUUAGAUGCGCAAGCUUAUGGCUGGGAAAAAGCUCUAGAACACGUACCAAAGAGAAAACUGUUUGAAUCCAGACUAAAGUCAAUGGAAAGAAAAUUGGAGAGGGAUAUGCAGAAGGCAGAAGUUUUAAGGUCACCACCAGCAUUGGAUUUCAGUUAUGAAGCCCGAGGAAAGCUACGUGACCGGUUCAUACGUGAAAAGUUAGAGUAUUCGUCUAAAACAUAGUGUAUUUUUAAUAAAUGACUUAAUCUUUUUUUUAAAGUUAUGUUUAGUGUAUAAUGAAUUUUU